AUGGCCCUUACAUAUGACAACCCUUGCGUCAGGUCCCUUCUGGACCCAAACUCUAUAGCUGUACCUGAUAAAUCUUUUCUUAAACAGGUUAUAAUGUCCAAUGAAUCCCCUAUUGCAGCAAAACUCAGUGCUAUUAGCUUCUGCCGCGACAUACCAACGAACGAUGCUACUGAAAUACUCUUAGAUUCGUUAAAAAUCCAUUUUGACCCUCUGAUUAGACAUGAAAUAAUUUAUGCCAUAGGCCAAGCUAUAUGUUUCUCCGCCUGGCCUCAAAUAAUUGAGAUUUUAGAGGACGAAUCAGAGGAUUUUAUAGUAAGACAUGAGGCUGCUGAAGCUUUGGCAACAAUGAAGUGUGUGGAAUCUUUGCCAGUGAUCAAAAAAUACUUAAACCACCCACUUAAACCUAUAAGAGACACAUGUAUAUUAUCAGAGCAUAGCUUAAAUCAAUCUAAUGAAUCCAAUGUACAUGAACAUUCAAAAAAUUAUAUUACAAUAGAUCCAGUUCAAGCAAAUUACUCACAAGAUUUGACAUCAAUUGAUUGCGAAAUUAAAUUGCUAAAUGAUCAAUCAGCGGAACUAUACGCAAGGUACAAAUCACUAUUUUAUUUUAGAAGUUUGAAUUCUAAUGAUUCAAUAAAGAUAAUUGGAGAAGCGAUGAUUAAUGACAAAACCAGUGAAGUAUUUAGACAUGAAUGUGCAUUUGUUUUGGGGCAAUUACAAAAUCCAUUAUCAUAUAUCUACCUAAUUAAAUGCUUAGAGAAUGUAAAUGAGUCUCCCAUGACUAGGCAUGAAGCAGCAAUAGCCUUAGGUUCUGUUGCUUCUAAUAUUAUACAAAAUAAUAGAGAAAAUGAAGUGAUAAAUGAGAUUAGGGAAUCGCUAAUAAAGUUCAGUGACGAUCCUAGUGGAAUCGUGGCAAAUAGUUGUACCGUUGCUCUUGAUAAUAUAGAAUUUGCUAAUUUUUUUUAA